UUUACACAUCUUUCAUGUCAAGUUUAUUACUGAGCAGAACUGAUAGCACAUCUCUGUCAUUCAGUUGUUUUCUUACUGUGGUUUAAACAUGAGGCACGGGGCAACUACAUACACUUGCCUUUUUCUUUUCCACAUCUUCAAUCUUUUUGGCUAUCAAGGCAGAUGUGAGACAACACACAAAGUGAUUGAAUAUAAUGUAGAUGAAGAUAAAGUGGAUCUCUUUGAUAUCAAUGAAGCUGCUGGCAUUGAUCUUUUCGAGGGAGAUAUUUUAUACGACGAGAAAUUGGGGAGAAAUUCAAUCAUUGGAGAUGAAUACAGAUGGCCAAAAACCAUUCCAUAUUAUCUUGAGGAUGAUUUGGAGAUAAAUGCUAAAGGGGUCAUUCUGAAGGCCUUCGAACAGUAUCGGCUGAAAUCAUGCAUCGAUUACAAACCGUGGACUGGAGAAGAAAACUAUAUAUCUGUGUUUAAAGGCAAUGGAUGUUUUUCCUCAGUGGGGAAUCGGCAAGUUGGCAAACAGAGGCUGUCCAUCGGCAGUGGUUGUGAUCGUAUCGCAACGAUUGAACACGAGUUCCUCCACGCUUUAGGCUUCUGGCAUGAGCAGUCCCGCUCUGACCGCGAUGACUAUGUCUCUAUCAUUUGGGACCGCAUUACUGAAGGCAAGGAACAUAACUUCAACAAAUACAAUGACACCACAUCCAGUGCUUUGAACGUUCCCUAUGACUAUGGUUCAAUGAUGCACUACAGCAAGAAAGCUUUCCAGAACGGUACAGAGUCCACCAUAGUCACCAAAAUCCCCGCCUUCAGUGAUGUUAUUGGUCAGCGUAUGGAGUUCAGCGAUAGCGACGUCCUCAAACUCAACAGACUCUACAACUGCACUCGCUCCAGCACAUUCCUGGAUUCAUGUGACUUUGAGUCGGAGAAUAUCUGUGGAAUGAUCCAAACUCAUGAUAAUAAUACGACAAACUGGCAACGUCUUUCCAAAGCUACAGGUGGACCGGACACUGACUACACCCACAUGGGAUGCUGUGAAGGAAGGGGUUAUUUCAUGCACUUCAGCACAGCGAGUGGGAAGCAGGGGGACAAGGGGCUGCUGGAGAGCAGGCUUCUUUACCCCAGAAGAGGAUACCAGUGCCUGCAGUUCUUCCUCUACAACAGCGGUGAUGUCAGCGACCAGCUCAAGAUCUGGGUGCGAGAAUUCGACAAGGCCAACUCUAAUGGGACACUGUAUCUCAUUAAACAGAUUCAUGCUCCCCCUGAUGACCAAUGGCAACUUCACCAUGUGAGCCUGAAUGUUUCCAAAAAGUUUCGUGUGGUGUUCGAGGGAAGUAAAGGUAACGGGAACAUGGGUGGACUCUCACUGGAUGACAUCAACCUUUCAGAGACCACUUGCCCGGAGCACAUCUGGAGGAUUGAGGACUUUAAAAGUGUUCUGGAGAACACGCCGACGGGCACUGCCAUUUACAGCCCACGCUUUAAAUCGAAGGACGGUUACACCUUUCAAAUGGGCUUGUAUCCCAAUGGUACAACUGGAAACCAAGGGGAACUGGGGGCCUUUGCCCACUUAACAUCUGGCGACGAUGUAGACGACGAAAGUCUGGUUUGGCCUCCUAACUGGAAGCAGAUAACCAUGAUGCUAAUGGACCAGAAUGCAGAUGUUCGUAGACGUAUGUCCAAUCAGAGGAGUGUAACAACUGACCCUACAAUGACUCUGGAAGGGUCUGAAAUGUUUUUCUGGGACAAUCCACGUAAAGUUGGGCAGAAAGUUACAGAUGACAGUGGGACUGAGUACUUUCGUGGUCCAGGAGCUGGAACAUCUGCAUACCUGACCCAGUCCAGAGCCCUGACCCGAAACUUCAUUAAGGGUGAAGACGCCAUCUUCCUCCUCACAAUGGAGGAUAUCUCCCAUCUAGUUGUUUCCCAGCCUUUGCCCUCCGCAACUCCAACUAACUCAACUCCUGCUGAAACACCAACCCCAACUAACUCAACUCCUGCUGAAACACCAACUCCAACAAAUUCAGACAACAGUUCAUCCACCACAAGCACAACCACUGUCCCAUAUGACCCAUGUGUGUCUCUGCAAUGUGAAAAUGAUGGUGUGUGUGGGGUGAAUGAAGCUGGAGAUGCUGUAUGCAGGUGCACAGUGGGUCAUGACUGGUGGUACUACGGUAACAAGUGUCAGUUCAAGAGCUCAGUCAAGAACAACAUCCUAACAGCUGUAACAGCGUCUGCUAUUGUGUUUGUUGUCAUGCUGACUCUGACAGUACUCAGUGUGCUGUACGUGAAGAAGUCAUCUAAGAGAAAACUCAAGCUUACUGGAGGAGGAAUCACCAUGCAAAACAUGUACACAUUUAAGGCUUGAUCAUGUCAAUAACGUGACACCUUUGAAGUCUCAGAGAGUGUUUUUGUAAUUCUUUGAUUCAUUUUACUUAGACAGGUGGUAUAUGUACAGUAGCUUCUGUUUAAAUCCCCUUCGGCGUCAUCUUUUUAGGUUUUUGUUCUGGUGUACAGGAGGUCACUUUUUCCCAAACAAAUACCGUAUUCUCAACAAGUGUUGUACUUUAAGCUAACAGAUUUUUCUGAUGUAAAUACAAGCGUUUGCCACUGUCUAUACUACAAUACUACUUGUAUUACGAGUUUAGAAUGCCUAAAAGAAAAGUUUUCAUCUGGUCAGCAAUGCCACAGUCACAAGAACCUUCACUCUCAGUUUCAGAAGAUCUGAUAAGACUUGAAACAAUCACAACCUUCAAAAACAGCUGAAGACAGCGCUGGUUAUAUGAUUUCUUAUCAGGUCAGUAUUUUAUGACAAGGCAUUCUGGAAAACUUGAUUCUGAUUGGUCAGUGGUGGCAUUGCAAUAGGGCUGCAUAACCAUUAAUCGCUAAACUAAUUGUUUGCAGAAUAAACGUUUUUGUUUACAUAAUAUAUGUGUGUGUGUAUAAUAAUUAUGUUUAUAUUAACAUACACACACACGCAAUUAUGUAAUCACAUGGCAGUUGCUUCAAUGCAUUUAGGGGUGUGGUCCUGGUCAAGACAAUUUCCUGAACUCCAAACGGAAUGUCAGAAUGGGAAAGAAAGAUGAUUUAAGCCAGUGGUUCUCAAACUGGGGGCCGCGAGAUGGUGCCAGGGGGGCCCCAGUUUUAUGACAUUUUAUAAAAUAAAUUAAUUUAUCAUGAAUUCUGUGCAAUUAAACCUAAAAAAAAUAAGACUACUAACCAACAGCACUACUUCGUAUCAUUUAAUAUGUUUUGUUUAAUCAAAAGUUGAGUUUUAAAACAGUUUCUUGUCAUAAAUUUUCUUUGGGGGCGCCGUGAAGAAAUGCAAGGGCGGCCGCACGCAGAAAAAGUUUGAGAACCACUGAUUUAAGCAAUUAUGAGCGUGGCAUGGUUGUUGGUGCCAGACGGGUCGGUCUGAAUAUUUCAUAAUCUGCUCAGUUACUGGGAUUUUCACGCACAACCAUUUCUAGGGUUUACAAAGAAUGAUGUGAAAAGGGAAAAACAUCCAGUAUGUGGCAGUCCUGUAGGUGAAAAUGCCUUGUUGAUGCUAGAGGUCAGAGGUGAAUGGGUUGACUGAUUCAAGCUAAUAGAAGAGAAACUUCUGAAAGCAUUUGUGAAGCCACAACACGCACAACCUUGAGGCGGAUGGGCUACAACAGCAGAAGACCCCACCGGGUACCACUCAUCUCCACUACAAAUAAGAAAAAGAGGCAACAAUUUGCACACGCUCACUAAAAUUGGACAGUUGAAGACUGGAAAAAUGUUGCUGGUCUGAUGAGUCUCGAUUUCUGUUGAGACAUUCAGAUGGUAGAGUCAGAAUUUGACAUAAACAGAAUGAGAACAUGGAUCCAUCAUGUCUUGUUACCACUAUGCAGGCUGCUGGUGGUGUUGGUGUAAUGGUGUGGGGGAGGUUUUCUUGGCACACUUUAGGCCCCUUAGUGCCAAUAGGGCAUUGUUUAAAUGCCACGGCCUACCUGAGCAUUGUUUCUGACCAUGUCCAUCCCUUCAUGACCACCAUGUACUCAUCCUCUGAUGGCUACUUCCAGCAGGAUAAUGCACCAUGUCACAAAGCUUGAAUCAUUUCAAAUAGAGCAUCUUUGGGAUGUGGUGGAACGGGAGCUUCGUGCCCUGGAUGCGGAUCCCACAAAUCUCCAUCAACUGCAAGAUGCUAUCCUAUCAAUGUGGGCCAACAUUUCUAAAGAAUGCUUUCAGCACCUUGUUGAAUCAAUGCCACGUAGAAUUAAGUAAGUUCUGAAGGCGAAAGGGGGUCAAACACAGUAUUAGUAUGGUGUUCCUAAUAAUCCUUUAGGUGAGUGUACAAAAAUUUUACAUGUAUGUGUGUAUGUUAAUAUAAACAUAAUUAUUAUACACACACAUAUAUGAUGUAAACAAAAUUGUUUAUUCUGCAAACAAUUAGUUGUGAUUAAUCAUUAUGCUGCCCAUCUGUUAUUCCUAUAACCACAACUAUAACUGAUAGCACGGCCUCAUCCAAGUACUGUUGUUACAAAUGAGCUAAUAAAAUAUUUAAAAUCUG